GCAUUCUUGUUGUCAGGAAGCCACUCUUUAGAAGUAAACUGAAUGAGAACAGCACAAUGGCCUAGAUCAGGAAAGAGCUCCAACACAGGAAAGUACAUGGAAGUUGGCAUAGAAUCAGGAGUGGAAAACAAAGCAAAUGAAUCAAAAUAGUAAUUUAAGACGAAAAUGAAAGACUGACAGUCAGAGGGCAAAACAAUGUGGAAUGCAGAAGCAACUGUAAUAAAAUAUGCAGAUGGAAGUGUUGUACAUAGUCAGAAAAGCAGUAACAAAAUUAAACUGGGUUCAGGGACGAUGAGCGGCUCACUUAGACCAGCAGUGAAGAAAAAUAAUUUUCUCCUUGAGUCAAAAGUUGAGUCCAAAAAAUAAUUAUCUGCUUGAGUCAGAAGUUGUUCAUCUACGUAAGACUUGUGUUUGCACUCAUCUGGAACCCUGCUGAAGCAAUGCGGGCAUGAUUUGGUUGGACUAGAUGAUCCUCAAGGUCUUUUCCAACCUUGAUGAUUCUGUGAUUCUGUGAUUUAGCUUACUCAUGAAAUGGCCCAUUGAUUGCUUGAAUUACAGCAGCGAGAGGGACACGUAAACUGCUUAAAGAAGGGACAACCUUGUUGUCAGCGUAGGAGAGCAGAAGCACAACAGGAGCUCUCUGCCCCACUGGCACAACAGACGGACACAAAGAAAUAACAAGGACCUGGAAACAAAUUCAUUAAUAGAUUCAGUAGAAAAACAUUUAUCUUUCAGCUGUAAAAACCUUGUAUGAGCAUUGAAGAAGCAAAGGAAACUUAACCACUUAAGACAGGAAACAAAUGUUGACAGGCAAAGAACAGAAGCUUAACUACCACAGGUGCCUGGCCAUACAAAAGAAAAUCCUGUUUGUAUUCUCAUCUCCUAGCACUUGGCACCUGCAAACACCUAAAGCUGCCUGCCUGCCACCUCAUUACACCUGGAGCAAAGUUACGGCACUUGGGACAGAUCCUUCCACAUCUCAGCUGACAAAACAGGGGAGGCAAUAGUAGCUUUCUUCUUCAUCAUAUGAGUUUGAAAAUAAAACUUGCCAUAUCACUGGAGUGGAAACUUUGAACCAGUUCUAAAAGGCCAGUGAAGGAAAUCAGAUGAGUAUUUACUGAGCUGGAGCUGCUGAGAUGGACUGUCGGCUAUGUAGCACAUAAAUGGGGAGAUUCUUCAACAGAACAUGAAUCCAGGAGAGAAAACAAUUUUCCAAGAAUAUCUGACAAAUCAGGGGACUGUGGUAAAGCCCUAUUGCUGGCAGAGACAGAACCACACCUGCGCUAAGUGUCCCUACCACAUACGGACUGGUGAAGAAGCGACAGUCCCUUACGCAGAAUUGGACAGGGUCUUUGGCUUCUCAUACAGAUCAACAGCAACUCUCCGAAACAAACACCUCCUCUUCUGUGAACUGAGGAGUUCCUCAGGCAGCAUAGUCCAAAAAGGCCAUGCUACAGACUGUACUGAGCAAGGCUACCAUCCCGAAUCUGUGCUGUUUGGGGUGGGUGCUUAUCUGGAUGCAGUUACAGAUGCCCAUGCAAAUAUCGGAUGCAUCGUCCUCUAUUCAAAUUACUCUCCCUGUAACGAGGUUUACCACUGCUGCAUAAGUAAAAUCUACAACCUUUAGUGGAAGUAUUCAGAAAUCACACUCUGCAUCUAUUUCUCUCAGUUUUAUCUGACUGAGAACGGUUUCCAUAGGGCUGCGUGGAAUGGCAAAGCUUUGCAGAGCCUCUCCCAGCCUGUGGCAACUCUGCAGAGAGUGCCUGGGGGGGCACGGUGUUACCUCCCCUGCAAUUUUGUGUAUGGCAUCCCAGGG